UUUGUGGCAGAUGAAUACAUUGAACGGCUGGCAUGGAGAACACCUGGAGGAGGUUCCAGAGGUGGAGAAGCUUUUGAUCCAAAAAGAUUAUUGGAAGAAUUUGUAAAUCAUAUCCAAGAAUUACAGGUAAUGGAUGAAAGGAUUCAGAGAAAGGUGGAGAAACUAGAACAACAGUGCCAGAAGGAAGCAAAGGAAUUUGCCAAGAAAGUACAAGAGCUGCAGAAAAGCAACCAGGUUGCCUUCCAACAUUUCCAAGAACUAGAUGAGCACAUCAGCUAUGUAGCAACUAAGGUCUGUCACCUUGGCGACCAACUGGAGGGGGUAAACACGCCACGGCAACGGGCUGUGGAGGCUCAGAAGCUGAUGAAAUACUUUAAUGAGUUUCUGGAUGGAGAGCUGAAGUCUGAUGUUUUUACAAACUCUGAAAAGAUUAAAGAGGCAGCUGAUAUUAUUCAGAAACUGCAUUUGAUUGCACAGGAACUGCCUUUUGACAGGUUUUCUGAAGUAAAAUCAAAGAUAGCAAGUAAGUACCACGAUUUAGAGUGCCAGCUAAUUCAAGAGUUUACCAGUGCACAGCGGAGAGGUGAAAUCUCCAGAAUGAGAGAAGUAGCAGCAGUUUUGCUUCAUUUUAAGGGCUAUUCCCAUUGCGUUGAUGUGUACAUAAAACAGUGUCAAGAGGGUGCAUUCCGGAGGAAUGAUGUCUUUGAAGAUGCAGCCAUUCUUUGCCAGCGAGUGAAUAAGCAAGUUGGAGAAGUCUUUAGCAAUCCCGAGACCGUGUUAGCCAAACUCAUUCAAAAUAUUUUUGAAGUUAAACUUCAGAGUUAUGUGAAGGAUCAGCUAGAAGAACACAGGAAAUCAGAUGCAGAACAGUAUCUUAAGAAUCUCUAUGAUCUAUAUACAAG